AUGAUUUUGACAGAGGGAAAACAGCAGAUUGGUGAUGCCACGGUGCAGUCCCAGGUAAUACACUAG